CGUCCAAAAUCACAAUUUAAUUGAAUUUAUUUUUAAAGAAAAUCUUGUUUGUGAUCGUUUGUCAAUACAAAGUAAACAAUUAUCUUUUUUUUAUUACAGCACCUGUUUUUGUUAUUCAGAAUUAUCCAAGACCUCCCCUUGACAGCCCCAAAGUGGUGCAUAAUAACUAGCAAAGAAAAUUACGUAACUUGGAACUAAAUCAAUUGCAUUUUUACAAACAGAAAAAUGACACAAAUCGAUCGAAUUAAUGUUGACAAGCCUCUGUUCGAUACCAACACAUUUGUUGGACGUUUCAGGCAUUUCGCAUGGAUGACAGAUCCUCGAACUGUUGUUGUUUCGAGUGAACGUCUGCUGGAAGCUAAAACACUUGUCGAGAAAUAUCGGCUGGGACAAGAGCCAGCUGGAACGUCCAAGGAUGAAGUAAAGUACGCAAUGAAGCUGUACACUUCAGCUUUUCAUCCGGAUACCGGCGAAUUGCAGAAUUUCUGUGGUCGAAUGAGUUUUCAGGUUCCCGGAGGAAUGCUGAUUACUGGAGCGAUGUUGCAAUUCUACCGCACAGUGCCAGCGGUAGUGUUUUGGCAAUUCGUCAAUCAGUCAUUCAAUGCUGUUGUCAAUUAUACAAAUCGUAAUGCAAAUUCCACUACAACUGUUACUCAACUUGGAGUCGCUUAUGUUUCUGCCACUACGAGUGCCCUUAUCGCUGCCAUUGGAUGCAAAAAUUAUUGGACAAAGAGGGCUCCACCAAUUUUUCAACGUUACGUUCCAUUUGCUGCCGUCGCUGCUGCCAAUUGUGUUAACAUCCCAUUCAUGAGACAAAAUGAAAUUCUCCAAGGAGUUGAUGUACAAGACGAGAAUGGAAAUGUUAUCGGCAAGAGUCGUGUCGCAGCUGUAAAAGGAAUUUCCCAGGUGAUCUUCUCCCGAAUUUGCAUGGCUGCACCAGGAAUGUUGGUCCUACCAGUGAUCAUGGAGAAACUUGAAAAAUUCCCAGCAUUUAAGAAAAUGACAUUUAUGCAUGCACCAUUCCAAACUGCCAUGGUUGGUUGUUUCCUAAUCUUCAUGGUUCCAACAGCUUGCGCUCUAUUCCCACAAAUGUGUAGCAUUAAAACAUCGACAGUAAAACGUCUAGAACCAGAACUAUACGCGGAAAUGGUUAAAAAUACUAAAGAAAAUGUUCCAGAAAAAGUUUACUUCAACAAAGGAUUGUAAACUAAACUUAUAUUAAAUAUAUUUAUAAGUACACGCUGACAAUAUAUUGAAACUUAUCCUCAUUUAAACUCAUAGGAUGCAAAGUAGAAGUUUGUAAAAUAUUUAGUUGUUAAACAAAAAAAAAUUAAUCGCGUUUGCAUUUACAUAUUAGAAACAAAAAGACACAGUCACGCAUUUUAAAUUGUUUUAGUUUUAAGAAAAAAAACUUGUGUUCUUUUGUGAUUUUUCGAUUUGUUUUCCUUUCUCCUAGUGUUCUUUGUUCCUAAGAAUAUUAUAAUACACGUAAUAUGUAUUUAUCUAUCCAAUACAAGUGAUCUUAAUUUCAGUAUUUUGCAUGUUAAAAGUUGUUAGAAAAUAUGCAAAAGUUAAAAAAGGUGUUGGCUGUUUUUAUUUUGUGUGUCGUUAAAAAAUAAUGUAUAUGUAAUUUACUUAGACAAUAUGCUUAUAGUAUGGUAUUUUAAUUUGUUUGUAUAUUCUCAUUUAGGUUUUUAAGUUUAGCAAAAAACAAAAUGUGUUUAUUAAAAUUAAGCCACAAGAAUU